UGCAGUUGAUAAUUUCCACUGACCGUCUCCACGAUUCCCACCCCCCCGUCGAGGUAUUGUCGUCUUCGGGUGUGGACUUCUCUCGGUUGCCGUUCCCUUUUUUCGAAGAAAAGAAGCGAUGAUGUCUGUCUGCGGCUCAAAAUCAUUGUGAAACAUCAGCUGGUCAAGAGAAUUCUGCUUUUUAAAAAUAAGAAUAAAAAACAGUCCACCUGAUUUGCGAGCCACCGGUUCCCCAAAAUGUCGGCCGGAGAUGCGCCUCCUGCAUCAGCCGCCGCCGAGACCGAGCCCGCACUCGACUUCGAUGACGACUCCGCAACGACAAGCGCCGAUGAGGCGAGCGACAGCGAAUCUGCCGGCGACACUGAGUCCGAUCUGGAUUCCUCCCUCGGCGCCGACGUGCAGCCGUCCACCAUGUCUCUCCGAAGCAGUAUCCUCCGCUACCGCGAGGAGAACGGCCGUACGUACCACGCCUACAAGGACGGCGCCUAUCUCAUGCCCAACGACGACCUCGAGCUCGACCGCCUGGACCUCCAACACAACCUCUUCCUCCUCACCAUGAGGAACAGACUUCACUUGGCCCCCCUGGAUCGCGAGAACCCGCCCCAGCGCGUGCUGGACAUCGGCACCGGGACCGGCAUCUGGGCCAUCGACUUCGCCGACAACAACCCGACCUCCACCGUCAUAGGUGUUGACCUAAGCCCGGUGCAGCCGUCGUAUGUGCCGCCCAACGCCUACUUUCAGAUCGAGGACAUCGAGGAGCACCCGUGGACCUUUUCGCAAAAGUUUGACUUCAUCCACAGCCGAAUGAACACGGCCGGGAUCAGAGACUUCCCCGCUCUGUUCCGGCAAGCCUACGAGAAUUUGAACCCCGGGGGGUGGAUAGAGGUCACCGACAGCAUGCCUGCCACGUGCGACGACGGGACUCUGAAGGAGGACUCGGCGCUCGUCCAGUGCUGUCAGCUCCUGGCAAAGGGGACCGCGGCUCUGGGUACGCCGUUCGGUGCGGCCGCAAAGUACAAGGACCAGCUUCGGGAGGUGGGGUUCGUAAACGUGAACGAGGCCAUCUUCAAAUGGCCGACAAACGAAUGGGCCAGGCAUCCUAGGCAUAAAGAGCUGGGCACUUGGAGCCACGAGAACGCCAUGAUGGGCCUAGAGGCUCUCUGCCUUGCUAUCUUCACCCGGGUGCUGCUGUGGCCGAGAGAGAAUGUCGACGUUCUCCUGGCGGAGGUGCGGAACGAUUUGAAAAAUAGGGAAAUACAUGCAUACUGGCCCAUCCACGUGGUUUAUGCACGAAAACCAUUAUGAAGCAUUUGAGAUCUGAGCAUCAAACAAAAGAAAACCAGCAAGCGAAACGAAUACCCGACUCGUUUUAGUCUCACUAGCAUCCUGAUACGAUGAUUCACUCGGACCCACAACAUAUAAUAAGUG